AAAUCUUGGUAAUUAAGUUCAACCCCAUCAAAUUAUCUUUGAGCCCAGCCAAAAACCUCUUCAACUUUGCAAUAUUCCGCUCUCAUUUUUCGAGGAAGCCUUAAAAUCCUAACUUUGUGGGAAUAGUUUGGAGGAUGUGGGGAUUAGGUGGAAGUUAUUAUUGGCGAAGAAAGGAGAGGGGGAAAGUGGAAGGAAUAGUUGUGGUAUUUGCAUGGAUGUCGAGUCAGGAGAAGCAUUUGAAUAAUUAUGUUGACGUCUACUCCUCUCUCGGCUGGAAUUCCAUUGUUUGCCAACCUAAAAUCCUCAAUUUAUUUUUUCCUGAUAAGGCUGCAUCGUUAGCUCAGGAAAUAGUUAACGAGCUCAUUCAGGAAUUAAAAAUAAGGCCAUGCCCCAUCAUAUUUGCAUCUUUUUCUGGUGGUCCAAAAGCUUGUAUGUAUAAGGUUCUUCAGAUAAUUGAAGGAAAGCAUGAAGAGCAAAUCAACCAGGAUGAAUGUCGGCUUGUCAGAGACUCUAUUUCUGGCUACAUAUUCGAUUCUUGUCCAGUGGAUUUCGUUAGUGACUUAGGGAAACGUUUUAUUCUCCAUCAAACUGGUUUUAAAAUUUCACGUCCUCCACUCGUGGCGUCAUGGAUAACAAGCGGCAUCUCCUCCACCAUGGAAGCGCUCUUUCUUAGCAGAUUAGAAUCGCAGCGUGCUGAAUACUGGCAGACUCUGUACUCCACAGUUAGUUUCCGGGCUCCAUAUCUCAUAUUAUGUUCCGAGGAUGACGAGCUUGCUCCGUUUCAAAUAAUAUUCAAUUUUGCCAGUAGGCUGAAAAAUCUUGGAGCCGAUGUUAAAUUGGUUAAGUGGAAUAAAUCAUCGCACGUUGGUCAUUUUCGGCAUCAUCCAGAAGAAUACAGCGCAGCCGUGACUGAGCUACUGAGAAAAGCUGCUAUAACCUAUUCCCAACGAAUACGACAGCUUGAAGGCGAGAAGAUGGGCGUAGAAGGCGGAAACGAUGAAAUUUCUGAUCCAUUCAACGGCCUAAGGAAAGCAGCAGCAGUGUCAAGAGAAGCCGUCGACUUGAAUGAUUAUUUCGACGUGCCGAGCUCUGUAGAGUAUCAGGAGGACAGGGAUGAAUACAUAGCUCUGUGGAGGCCCCCAAAGAUGAGUGCCCACGGUGUUGUAGGUGAGUUCCUCUUCGAUGUUUGUGUUCCAAAGAAUGUUGAGGACUGGGAUCUGAGAUUUUUGGCCUCCACGACAAGUGCAGCAGUGGCUUCCGGGCGUCCUUUUAAUCCUAUAAAGUCCAUCCGUCGCUCUAGAUUAUGAUGCUUCCACCUUAUUCAUCUUACCGUAGCCGCACAAAGAUAGCAUUUUUCGGGCAAGAAGAUGAAGAAAUGCCAGAUUAUGGCACUUCUUCCUCCUCUGCUGUUUGUUGAUGGCGUUUCCACCCGAUAAUGCUUGGGCUGUAAGUGCCAUUUCUAACAUUUAAUUACUUUGGGUAUCAAAUUAUUGGGAAUAUUAUAUCAAAUUAAUUCAAUCACACUUCGUUACACAAUA